GCGAUUUUGGUUGUUGGUUUGAUCGAGGAGAGCAACUGUGGCUAUGGCUGAACCUUGCGCUAACGGAGCGAAGGCUACGGACUCCAAAUACGACCACCAUGGCUUGGCCUUCGCUACGUGCGCGCUCCAUUUUCAGGACGAGAACGAUCCGUACGGUGCGAAGAACGCUCCCAUCUAUAUGACUGCCACUUUCAAGCUUCCCUCCGCCACCAAGGUCGGUUCGUUUCUCUACUCGCGCUUUGGCAACCCGACGAGAUCGACGCUGGAGAAGCACAUUGCUCGGCUUCACGAUGCGGAUCGGGCGUUCUGCUUCUCGACGGGAAUGGCGGCCCUGACCACGGUGAUGCAGAUGGUGGAGGUCGGCGACGAGAUCGUGGCGGAUGACGACCUCUGUGGGGGGACCGACAGGCUGCUCACCAGCCUUGUCACCCGGUGGGGCGUGGCGAUGAAGCGCGCCAACACCAGCCAUCUCGACGAGGUCCGAGCGGCCGUGACGCGCAGGACGAAGCUGGUGUUCCUCGAGAUCGCGACCAACCCGCUGCUGCAGAUCACCGACGUCGCUGCCAUCUCGGAGAUCGCGCACAGGAGCGGCGCGCUGGUUGUGGUGGACAACAGCUUCAUGUCGUCGGCACUGUCGAGGCCGUUGGAUCACGGCGCGGACAUCGUGAUGGAGUCUCUGACUAAGUUCAUGUCCGGGCACAGCGACGCGAUGGGCGGUUUCCUGGCGGUCAGGGGUGAGCAGCUUGCCAAGGACAUCCACUUCCUCCUGGCCUCAGAAGGCGCGUGUCUGAGCCCGUUCGACAGCUUCCUGAUCUUGAGGGGCAUGCAGACAUUGUCCUUGCGAGUAGAGAAGGCCCAGGAGAACGCGCAGGCCAUCGCGGAGUGGCUGGUGAAGCAUCCGCUUGCGAAGAAGGUGUUCUAUCUGGGACUGCCCGGCUUCCCCGACAGGGAUCUGCAUUUCAAGCAGUGCUCCGGGGCGGGAUCGGUGCUGUGCUUUACCACGGGAGACGUGGAGCUGUCGAAGCUGGUGGCCGACGGCGCUGAGGUGUUCCAAAAGACGGUGAGCUUUGGCAGCGUGGGGUCGCUGAUCACCUUGCCGUGCUUCAUGUCGCACGCCGCGGUUCCCAAGGCCGUUCGAGAGGCCAGGGGCCUGCCUGACGAUCUCGUCCGGCUGGCUGUCGGGAUCGAGUUCGUCGGCGACCUCAUCAACGAUCUGGAUCGCUCGUUCAAACUGGCCAUGGCCAAGCUUGGCGGAAAGGAGGCUCCCAAGUAUGAGCCCACUGCGCCGACGCCAUACGUAUACAAGCCCCGCUUCCAGUAGCAGCACUUGAAACGUUCCAGUUGGAGUGCGUUUUGUUAUGACGCUGUGCGCGUAUAGGGAAGCACCCAAAGAGUCCUAAAUUUUUGUAG